GACAACCACAAUUAAACGCAAUGGCAGUGUAGGCACACGUCUCCUGCCCUUUGAAUUAAAAAGUAAAAUAGAUUUAAAAAUUAGAAUAAGUGUCAACAACAAGUUUAAAUUUGGAACAAACGCGGCGCGUGCUUGACUUUCAAAAUGUUUGACACAUUCAGAGCUCAGUUUAAGUUAAAUUGGCGCCAAUAUUUAGCAGCUUCUUUGGCGAGCUAUGGCAGUCUGUGCACGGGUAUGUCGAUGGGUUGGACGUCACCGGUACUGCCUACCCUGCAGGGGCCCAACUCGCCGCUGCCUGAGAAGCCCACCUUGCAGGAGGAGUCGUGGAUUGGCUCGCUCCUGGUGCUUGGUGGAUUACUUGGCCCCCUAAUAACAGUCCCUCUAUCCCGCCACAUCGGCCGUCGCUGGAUCAUAAUGAUGUCCAACAUCCCCCUGCUGCUGGGCUGGCUGCUGGCCGGGGUGGCGAGUGACCUGCCCACCCUGUACGCGGCCAGGGUCAUGUGGGGCUGCGCUACCGGCAUGCAGUUCGCUAUGGUGCCGCUCUAUAUUGGAGAAAUCGCUGAGGACAAGAUCCGGGGAGCCCUCAGCGCGUUCUUCCUCCUCUUCAUCAACGUGGGUUUCCUCCUGGCCUACGCGAUCGGUCCCUUCGCAAGCUACUGGGGCCUUACCGCUGCUGGUGGGAUCCUGUCCUUGUUCUACGUGCCUUUCACCUGGUUGAUACCUGAGACGCCAUUCUUUUUGGCUUAUAAAGGUCGUCACGAUGAAGCUUCAGAAGUGCUCCAGCGGUUAAGAGGCAAGUCCAAAGAAGCCGUGCAGCCAGAACUGGAUGGUUUGAAGGCCAUGAUCGUGAGGGAGUUCAAGGAAGAACCGAGGAUACAGGACCUCUGGGCUACCAGGGGGAACGUCAAGGCUUUGGGCAUCUGCGUGUUCCUGGCGAUGUUGCUCCAGCUGUCAGGCAUCGACGUUCUGCUGUUCUACAUGGAGGAGCUGUUGGGCAAAGUGGGCACGAAGAUCUCUGCCUCCGAUGGAACCAUCAUUAUGGGUGUUGUGCAGGUGGUAACAAGUUGCAUCACACCGCUAGUUGUGGACCGACUUGGAAGGAAACUCCUCAUGUGGACGACAUCUCUUGGACUCACCAUUUUCCUAUUCCUAAUCGGCGUGUACGCACUACUGGACAGCUACUACAAGCUCAAUGUGGCGCCGGUCGCAUUCAUCCCACUGCUGUGUCUUAUCGUCUACAUGGUCUUCUUUACUCUCGGUGUGGGCCCGGUGCCCUGGAUCCUGGUGGCAGAGAUGUUCCCGGUGAAGACAAAGUGCCUCGCCAGCGGAAUUUGUUCCUUCAUGUGCUGGCUCGCUGGCUUCGUCUGGACCAGAUUCUUCCGCGACGUGGCGGCAUCCUACGGCAUCUACACGGCGUUCUGGAUACUCGCUGUGUGCUGUGGAAUUGGAUUCAUCUUCUCAGCCACGCUGCUGCCCGAGACCAAGGGGAAGACCUUCGAUGAGAUACAGGAUAUGCUUAACAACAAGUCCAAGGAUCCGAAACCAGUGGACGUUUAAGCUUAGUAAACUUACAUUAAUUUUAUAAGAACUCUUUUUAAUUUGUUAUGAUUUUAAUAAGUGUUAUGAUAAUUAAAGUGUAAGUAGAUAAUAAUA